AUGGCGAACCACCCCCACCAAUCGCAAAUGGCCUACGAACCUGACCCUCUACGCAUCACAACCAUGAACUGCAGGGGCCUAAAUAUCCCGGAGCGCAGAUCGCACCUUCUCCGAGAGCUUACCUCUAAGCGCGUAUCGAUUGCUUUCCUACAGGAAACACACUUUAAGGAAGGACAUGCUCCGCCGUUGAAGAGCAAACACUACCCCACUGCGGCUCUCAGCAACCACCCGACUGCACGUAAGGCUGGUGUAGCAGUUCUCACCCAUGCUCAACUACAGUUCCAGGAAGUGGAGCGACUGGUUGACCCUAAUGGCAGAUACCUGUUCAUUAAGGGAGACAUACAAAACCGUAGGUACACCCUCGUGACGAUAUACGCACCAAACAACAACCAAUCACACUUCAUACGUAAAUCUCUCUCCAACCUCUCCUCAUUCACGGAGGGCACGUUAAUCGUUGGAGGAGAUAUUAAUGUUCCCCUCAUCCCUCUCAUAGAUUCAUCCACGGGACAUAGCAGCAUCACCCAAGGAGCCAUCCGAAGCAUUCAAAAAACACUAAAGAACCUUAGGCUGGUGGAUUGCUGGCGAGUGAUGCACCCGGCAGACAGGGAAUACACUCACUACUCGGUGAUACAUAAGCGAUACGCAAGGAUUGACUACAUCUUCCUUCAACAGGAACAUCUUGACGCUAUCCAAACAGCAGAAAUCGGAACAGCAAGCUGGUCGGAUCAUGGUCCUGUGACCCUGCAAAUGGACUCCCCUAGGGUACGCCCAACCACUAGGUCAUGGCGACUCCAGGACUCAUUACUCUUGGACCCAUCAGUGAAGGAAAAGGUUUCCGAGGAACUCACCUCCUAUUUCACACUGAAUGAGACAGAUGAUCUUCCCGCGACCACGAUAUGGGAAGCGCACAAAAGUGUGCUCAGAGGGACACUGAUGCGCCUAGCUUCUCAGAAGAAGAGAGAAUCUCGGAAACAUAUAACCGACCUGCUAACGCGCAUAACUACGCUUGAAAUGCAACACAAACGUUCACAACUCGAGGGGACGUAUAAAGAAUUAUUGGAAGCUCGAAGAUCUCUACAUACACACAUGACGAAACGACACUAUAGCUCCAUACAACGAUCGAAGGCCUUCUUUUACCAACACGCCAACAAAGGAGGGCGACUGCUGGCCAGAAUGCUUAGAGGCCCCCAAGGCAUGACCCAGGUACAUAAACUACGGACAUCAGAUGGCACGAUCACACAAUUCCCGGACAAAAUAGCAUCCGAGUUUCGCACAUUUUACGCCUCGUUAUACAACAUCCCGGGACCCACACUACCGGAGGAGGUAACACUCAGACGGGAUAGAAUAAGGAGUUAUAUUGAAUCACACAUGAAGACGAGGUUGCAGCAAGGGGCAUCGGAGUCCCUGGAUAUACCGAUUACGGAGGCAGAAGUUGCAGGGGCACUCAAGACCGCCAAAACCGGACGGGCCCCAGGCCCUGAUGGCUUUACCUUGGACUACUAUAAAAAGUUCCGAACCCUACUGCUCCCGAGACUCACCAACUCAUUUAACGCUUUGAUAGACGGCGCCCGACUCGGACCCGAAUCAUUAGCGGCAACUAUAACGGUUCUCCCGAAACCUGGGAAGGAUCCCGAACUCUGCAGUAGCUAUAGACCGAUAUCACUGCUAAAUGUGGACGUGAAACUCCUCACUAAAAUACUAUCCACCAGAAGAGGGAAAAUGCUUCCGAGAUUGGUCCACCCAGACCAGACGGGGUUCAUCCCAGGGAGAGAAGCCAGGGACAGCACUCUUAGAGUGCAGGCCAUCCAUCACCUGGCAAAGAAAUCAACAGAUAAGCUCCUUCUAUUGUCAACGGAUGCGGAAAAAGCAUUUGACCGGGUUGACUGGACAUUCCUUAUGACCACGCUACGGGAAAUGGGCUUCGGAGAAAACAAUUUCUAAUUGUAGUGAACUGAAAACGUAAUUGCAAAAUCAAAGUUAAAAAUGCCAAAUCUCUGAAAACAAGAAUGAUCAAAACUCUGCAAUUUAUCCCAAAUUUUGCUAUAUAGUUCUAUAGUCACACAAUUCACUGCUAAGUGAGUAUACCCUUGCGAUAAACUUACAGUCAGGGGUGGUGUUAAAAUGGGCAAAAAGGGACAUUUACCCCUAUGACUUCUAUCUGGGGGUCUAACUAUAACCAUGCUAAAGUCUAAGCAUUCUAAGAAGAGCUUCUAAAGGAUCUUAUGUGGACGAAAAAAAGAAUUAUAUUGCUCUGACUAUAUCAGUGCCAGCUUGUUAAUUCACUGUAAAAAUACACAUUCAGGGGAGGAGGUCCCUUGCGACUGUGUAGCCUUGGAGCCCCACCUGUUCCUGACCCGCUUCUGCCAACUGCACAUCUGUUCUAAACAUGAGAAAGACAUGAACUAGAAAAGUUCAGGAUGGGUGGGCCAAGAUGGUUUCUUAUCUAAAAUGUAGGAUAUCCAUCUCUUUUAUCUCCUUCUCCCAUCAUGAUUCCCCUAUUUGUCACUCAAUCUCUUCAUUCCAUCACCUUCACUUAACAAUCACCUUCUGCUUUUCUAGGUCAUCUCCGGUACUCCAUAUAAUACUUGUGCUUAGCCCUUUUUUGUUACUGAAUCUCGUUUUGUAAAAAAAAAGGCUGCACUAUCAGAGAUAUUUGCACCUCUGUGCUGAAGGCUAGUUACAUCCCCAGCACACAUGAUUUUGGCAGUCUGGAAUGCCAUAUAUCAAUUCUGUGCAUCAACUAUUUCUGUCAUCAGAGCAUCUGUCAGGGGAAGCUCGCACACCCCUCCAUGCAGUCCAAGCGCUCCCCUUAAAGCUUUUUUUUUUUUUUUUUACAUUUUAAAAAGCCCUUUCUAUCUCCCAUCUCCCUCCACUGACUGAGGGCACAGGCAUACACGCUGAGCUGGUGAAAGCGGUCCAAUCAAAGGCUUUUCAACGAAAAGCCUUUGAUUGGACGCCACUGGACGGGGCAUGGAGAUCAACGUCAUGAGCUUUGCAUGGCGCUAGAUUUCAGUUCUGUUUCUAAAGUUUUCUUACAAGUAAUAAGGAAUGGUAAUUGGUAAUGCCCAAUGGAGCAUUGUAAAGCAAAACAAUUGUAGUGCCAAAAAGGGCCAAUGUAACCCUUUAACGGACAACUGGCACCUCAAAACUAUUUGUUAAAUAAUAAUCCUUUCACCAAAUUUUGAAAGGAAGUAGAUUUCUUUUUAAAUUAUAUAUAUGCAAGAAAAAAACCCAGAAAAAAAAAAAAACAAACAAAAAAAAUUCAUCCCUACAUCUAUUAUAUGACACGAUCCUCCAGCCACAUAAAUGCACCAAACUGGAAUGAUCCUCUUAGCCAGCUAUGCUUUUAGUUUGCAUGCUUUAACUUUGAACGUGAAAUACACCUUGAAUUCACCUAGAAUUUUCACUUCAGUGAAUAACACUGUUAGUCUCGAUCGUUUUCUUUGCUUUGCUCCCUGCACGGAAGCAGGAAAGACAACAGAGACUAACUGUUGGUUAUCAUUUACUGAAGGUAAGGAUAGGUUUUUCUCAUUUUUAUUUACAUGUACUUCAUUUUAAAAGCAAAUGUAUUUCCUUCCAAAACUUGAUGAAAUGAUAUCAAAAAUUGUUUUGAGGUGACAGCUGUCCUUUAAUUUAUAUUUAAAUGUAUAAAGGAUAUAGAUAAAAAUGAGGGAAGGAAUAACCAUGGUUGUGGAGGAACCAUGAAAGGGAGGACAUGGUGGAAGGUCUAGUCUCUGGGUAUGAGUCAAAGUUAACCUUUCACCCUAUACAGAACACUCACAAUGUGUCUUUCCACUAUCAUACAUAUGCCAUUUAGAACAUAUCUGUAUGGCUCUUUUAAUGACUCAAUUUUUCUCUUGCAGGUUGAAUGCUCCCUUGGGAGCACACUAAUUUCUAAGAUGAAACCCCACUGGGGGUACCUGUGUCUCUGGCCAUUAAUGUGUUGGGUGGUCAGUGGGGACAGCACAAUCACACCGCGCCUGAAACUGUCUUAUCAAGGUGAGUGACCUGUAAGAUGAUAAAAUCAAUAUCAAAUGAGUCAGUGAUUGUUUUUGGCAAAGAUGAGAGAAGUUUCAGAGCUGCUAUAGAGAGACAACAAAUGGAAUGUAUCCAGUAAACAGUGAACCAGUAAGCAGUAAACUUCAAGAUUCCUGGUUUAGUGGAUACAUCAAAAAUAGUUACUAUAUUAUCAUUAUUAUUAUUAUUAUUAUUAUUAUUAUUUAUAAAGCAACAACAGAUUCUGCACCGUUAUACAAUGGGUGGACCAGCAGAUACGUAUUUGUAACCAGACGAGUUGGACCAGGGCUGUCUUUAACACGGAUCAAAAGGGGCAGCUGCCCCGGCCCAGUCAGUUUUCGGGGGCCCAAAGCAGCUGCCCCUUUAGCCCUCCGUCCGCCGUGAGGCAGCGGCCGGCGUGGAACUACCACCGCGGGCCGCGCAAUUUGGAGGCUCAUCGGGUGGCCAAUGCUCUAAGGGCCACCUGAUGGCGAUGGAUUUUUAGGGGCCCGGCCGCUCUGAGAGCGCGACCGGGACCCCUGUGAUGAUAUCAGGAUGCUGGGAGGAAGUGACAGCCGGUCACUUCCUCCCAGCAUUCCCCGAGCGCCGUGCAGUAGGAGGAGAAGAAAAAGAGGGAGUCAGAGUGGGGGCUCUGAGUUCUAUCAGCCUGAGCCAGACUCCUGCACUCCAAAGGUAGUAAACACAUAAAAAAUGUAUGUGUGUUUGUAUGUAUGUAUUUAUGUGUCUGUUUGAACGUAUGUAUCUGUUUGUAUGUAUGUGUGUGUCUGUAUGUAUGUGUUUCUAUAUCUGCAUGUGUCUCUGUGACCCUGUGUAUCAGUAUGUGUUUCUGUGUUUCUUUGUAUAUAUGUGUAUGUGUAUAUUUUUGUAUUUGUAUCUGUGUUUAUGUUUGUUAUGUGUGUCUGCAUGUCUUUGUAUCUGCAUGUGUGCCAGUGUAUCUGCACGUGUUUGUAUAUGUGUGAGUGUCCAUCUAUGUAUUUGAAUGUGCAUCAUUCUGUGUAUCUGUAUAUGUGUCAAUGUCUGUAUCUGUGUAUCUACAUGUGGGUCCGUGUAUGUAUCUGUAUCUUAUUGUGUGUAUCUGCAUGUAUGUCAGUGUGUUAGUGUUUCUGUUGAUCUGCAUGUUUGUCAGUGAGUGUAUCUGUGUAUCUGUAUGCACAUGUGUGUCUGUGUAUCUCUCUAUGUAUGUCUGUACCUGUUUAUGUGUGCAUUUCUAUGUAUGUCAGUGUUUGCAUUUUGUCUCAGUAAGAAAUGAGAGGGCUAAGUGUGUGUUUUUUUAUUUUUUGUGUGGACAUUGAUGGCGUGAUUGCAUGCUAGGAAGGGGAAGGGCUAGGUCAAGGGGCCCCAAUCAAAUACCUGCCCAGGGUCCAAUCAGUAUUAAAGACGGCCCUGAGUUGGACACACAGAAACAAUCCAGAAUAAUUCAUAUGCUUGCAUAGAUUCCUCAAUACAAUAUUGGGGUUAAUUGUCCCAAGCAAUAACAUUCCAUACACUCCACUAGGUUUCACACACUUGACUCUUUAACCCUGUGGGACCCCUAUGCAAAUUGUUGGGAGAGCAUUAAAGGGACACUAUAGUCAGUAAAACAACUUUAGCUUAAUAAAACAGUUUUGGUGUAUAGAUCAUGCCCCUGCGGUCUCAAUGCUCAAUUAUCUACCAUUUAGGAGUUAAAUCACUUUGUUUAUUAACCCUAGUCACACCUCCCUGCAUGUGACUAGCACCGCCUUCCUAAGCACUUCCUGUAAAGAGUCAUCUAAUGUUUAUCCUUCCUUUAUAGCAAGUUCUAUUUAAUUUAGAUUUUCUUAUCCCCUGCCAUAUUAAUAGCUUGCUAGACCCUGCAAGAGUCUCCUGUAUGUGAUUAAAGUUCAAUUUACAGAGCAAGAGAUAAAAUUGUUUAAGGUAAAUUACAUCUGAUUGAAAGUGAAACCAGUGUCAAUCAGAGCCAGGGAAGGUGUGACAAGGGCUGCAUAAACAGAAACAAAGUGAUUUAACUCCUAAAUGGCAGUGAAUUGAGCAGUGAAACCUGAGAGGCAUGAUCUAUACACUAAAACUGCUUCAUUAAGCUAAAGUUGUUUAGGUGACUAUAGUGUUCCUUUAAAGAGAAUGCUUGCUUUAUUUACUGACUGAUGACUGCUGCUUGUGAUUGGGUGAUUAUGGUAAUCAGAUGUUUGUUAACUAUAUUGGCUUUGAAGCUCAACCAUCCUAAAAGUUUGGUCACCAAGGUUGGGCUUCAUCUUGCUGAACUGAUGCAGGAGAUAAUCAUCUCCCCAUUUAUUCCUGUGUGAUAGUAGCGAGAUAAAGUUGUUUAUGCUUAGCUGAUGUAAAGAGUGAGUGACAAGCUCGCUCUUAACAUACAGUAUUGUUUUAAUCUCAUACAGAGAAGUUCAGCUAUUUAUUUAUAAGCUAUAUAAAAAAUUUAUUUCCAAUACAAUGCAAAUCUUAUUUGCACAAGAUGAAUGCAUAAACACAUUUUGAGUUUGGCCAAAGUCUGCUUAUUGCACUCCAGUAAAAUGAUUUAGCUUAGAUGUCUCUACUUACUCACCAGGUUUUGUUUUUGUUUUUUUCUCAAUUUACCUUUUUCCCCUUCUCAUUCAUUUCUAUUUUUCCACCUGUCCUUUCACACUAACUCCCUUUUCCCCAUUUUAUCCCUCCCCCAUAGAUCUGGUAACACGCGAUGGACUUGUGACUUUCACAGUAGAGCGUUCUUGCUGUUUUGAUGCACUCUUACUGGAUGAGGAACGCAGUCGUCUUUUUGUUGGGGGGAAAAAUUAUCUAUUGUCUCUAAGCCUUGACAACAUCUCCAAAAAUAAUUUGACAGUAAGUUUGCAUUUUAGGUGGUAACCUUUCCACUUUAGUGCCUUUUGUCUACAAUUAAAAGGGUUAGUCAAAACACUAUAACCACUUUGCAUUCCUAAGAGUGGCUUAUAGUGCCAUCAAUUUGUAAAAUCACUGCUGCUAUAAGAUGGCCCACUAUGGCUAUAUGGCUAUAUUAUGGGAUAAGAAGAGCCCCUAUAGAUCAGACUGAGAUGCUCAUGAUUGGAGUGUCAUAAAAUGGUUUGGGCAGGGGUCGGCCUGCAAUUGCAGAUGGGCUCAAAGGGCAUUCUGUGGAUGGUCCAAGGUAUGUACGUUUUCUAUAUUUUUAUUUUAUUUUUAAUGCAUUAUAUAUAAAAUAUAAUGAAAAAAUUGACCUAGACAGUCCCUUUGACAAAUGUACAUGUUCUAUUUUCAGAUUCAUUGGCCUGCACUCGUGGAUUGGAGGGAAGAGUGUAACUGGGCUGGAAAAGACAUAAAUGUGAGUAUAUGCAAACUCCAAAAAUAUUGUAUUGUAGGGGGGAAAUUGUCUUAUUAAUUUGCUAAGUGGGAACAAGUCUUCAGUAUUCUGUAUAUGAAUAUAGGUAUAUGAAACAAUCUCACAUUCCUCCUUGAUAGUGAAGAAAUCCCCUUUUAUUACACUAAAGCACCCACCAGCAACAUUUCUACCACCAGUUUAGGAAACUCUGUGAAGUUCCACUUUAUGAAAUUCUAAGAAUUCUGUUGCAAAUUACACAGCCUAACUUGAAAGUGAUCUGACUCAAUAAUCCGGCUUCUGAUUUUACAUUAUUGUAUCUCUAAUCGCAUACCAUUACUAAGUAAUGCUGUGACAUAUAUGGAGACCCAGCCCUAUCCUGUUGCAAGCAUCCUGAUCCCCUGUAAAAAAUGUAGUUUGAAUGCUCACAAGGUCACCUAAGGUGACAUACCCCCUGAUGAUGCUUUAUUGUGCUUAUGUUCACACCCCAGGUUCCCAGCAUGCAUUGUUGGUAUAGGGCCUGUUUGCUUUCUGAGCUGUUAGCGCAUGACACAUAUUCUUCAAGGGGCAAAGGCUGUUGCCAUCCAGGUAGCGUUCAAAUAAAGGUGUGUGUGGCAUGGAAAGUAGAAGACGGAAAUUGACAGAAGAACAUAAAAUAGCCAAUAAUUGCAGGCAGAGAGAAUGUUUACUUAUCCUUAUCCUUCCCCUUCUAAGCAAAAGCCUAAAACCAUGUAAUUAUGGUACACAUAUCUGAUAGAGAGGCUGCACUGUGAGCUAGAUAAAAGGUGCUGCAGUACUUGGGUAGAAGAGUACUGAAUGCAGUUCACAGUGCUAGUGACGAUGGGGUUCUAUGUGCCAGCAGAGAUUAGCAUUUGUCAUUGAUUUAAUGCACUCUUUGGAGUAUGAGUAAUCUUUGGACAGCAAUCCAGGUAUGGGUAGGCAGAAUCAGUAUUUUAUUCCAUAUGAGUAAUCAGGGGAAGGUGCUUUGUACAAACAUAUUUCUCUACUGGGUAAGAAUCAAUUUGCCCAACUUAUUUUAACACUCCCUAUGUGUAAAAUACCACCAUCGUGAUUUAAUAGGUUUCCUGCAUAAUACAGGGCCUGGAAGGAUAUUCUAUAUAUUCACUACACUUUCUGUAACAGGUAUUUGCUACCCAUACUCUAAAUUUCCAUUUCUAACUAAACAUAGGGAUUUAGAGUACACAGUACACAUUAUAUUGUUUUUCAGGUAUUUUUAUAAAACAUUUAUUAUAAUAUUUAAACUUAAAACCAUGAGACCGUACUCUCUGCAGAAUGUGUUACAGGACAGUACUACCAGCAGGUUACAGAACAGUUAUAGCAGAUAUUUGUAAUCCCUGCAGUAUCAGUUUUCAAAUAACAUUUCCUUCAGUGUUUACAUUUAAGGUUGCCUACCCCAACUCUAAACUAUAAAUUAAGUAGCAGAGUAAUCUUGCAGUUUAUGGGGAGCAGCAGAGAACACCUAAUCUGCAGUGUGAUUUAGCAGAACCCAGUGCAAUGUGCUGAUGUAUGCGAGAGUACGUAUUUACUGUGUGAUUUAGCAGGGGUUACAUUCCCUGCAGGCGGGUAGCAGUCUGUUAGCAGAGAUUUGCAUUGUUAUCAGUCAGAGCUAAGCGUUCAGGGUCAAGUGUGGGGGUGUUGUGAUUUUGUGAAUUCUAGCCUGGGGGUGUGCCUGCCCCAUCCACCCCUUCUCAUUUUGAGCCUUGUAAUCAGAAGGUCUCUCCGUCCCUCUUGCAGCUAUGCCAGAUAUCAGGAGUUCUCUGUGUACUUGAGCAAAAGAGAUGGGGGAGGGAGGAAGAACAGAGUUUGACGAGGGGCAAACAGAAGGGAGGGUGAGGAAUUAUAAUAAGACUAAAUAGUGCUCAAUAUCUGACAUUACAAUCCCUUAUUUCAUCUCUCGUUACAGACUGACUGUAUGAACUAUGUCAAAAUUCUGCAGCCAUAUAAUCGCACCCACCUGUACACCUGUGGCACAGGAGCUUUCCACCCAAUAUGUGGAUUCCUUCACGUGGGACAGCGCUCAGAUGUAAGUGGAACAGAAUAUGGGAGGAGGGUACACUAAAGGCUUAAGGACUAAUUCACUAAUCAGUGAAUGGUGGUCUAUUAAAAAGUUAGUAGCGAAAUUUAGUGCAAAAUAUUUUUCUGGAAAAAAAAUAUAUCUUCAAAUCCUCUACAGUUACAGCUUGACAAUUCUAGCCUAGAUUUAGCAAUUUGGUUUUCAGUUCACUUGAAUGCAGUUUAAAGGAUCACUCCAAACACCAUAUCCACUACAGAGCGCUCUAGUGGUGAUGAUGGAAGAAGUGCCUUAGCACCCCUAACCCAAUUUAAGUGGUCAAACCGUUUGCCAAAGUUUUUUCUUAUCUGGGCCUCAGAAAAGAAAAGCAGUCAGCAUCUCCCAGUGGACCACAGGUAAGAAGACAUACCAUUAGCAAAACAGGUUGACUACAUAUGUUGGGGGAUGUGCUAGGGCACACCUGGCACCAUCACUACUAAAGAAAGCUGUAGUAAUUAUCAUCACCCCUUCCCACCAAAAAAUUGACAUUUAAUAAAGAUUAUAUCUUAAUAAAAUGCUCAUAAAGACUGUGCUGGAAUUCUACUGAUAUUCCAACCCAGUCAAAAGAUAGAAGACAAAGUGGGGGCUACCUGUGCUUGACAAAAGGCAGAGCUACCUUCUGUCAAGCCUUGUCGAACCCUCAGCCGUCACUAGUCAUGCUGAGAGGAAAAAAACUCUUUCUAUGGAGGAUUCCAUGGGCUCGUCUGAUCUUCUAUAGAUGUCAGAGUUGUACUCUCGCACAGAGCAGACGUCAUUUCCUGGUAGAUGAAGUUCCAGGAUCUGAAGAGGACCUUGUGGAACAAGAUAACGGUGCCCACGAGGGACAAGAUCAAGUAAGUAAAAACUUAAUUCCUUGGCACCCUGCAGCCACCAUUGGGGGUUAAAGAGCCACGUUAGAAAAUAAACCACCAAUUGUGGGGACCUUUACCGUGCGGGUUGGUGGGAUUAAUGAAUGAGAUAAUGGCAAAAGGGCAAAUUGUUCACUAAUCUAAUAUGGAUACCAUGUGAUUUGCAGGACUCAAUAUUUAAAUUAGAUACCAGACGAAUAGAAGAUGGGAAGGGACGCUGCCCUUACGACCCUAAACACGCAGCAGCUUCAGUGCUUGUGGGUAAGAAUAAACAUUCCAACCUUUGUGCUUUUAUGUGUUUUCAUAUUCCUUACAUAUAGGGUUGUCAGAUGCACCAUGUUGCCCCUGACAUAUAUUACUUUUUAUAUGCAGCAAAUGAAAAGUGCUUCCCUUCAGUGUGCAGACGUCAUGCAGAAGGGAAAAAAUUCAAAGUGGUUCCUUUGAGAUUUAUUAGAGGGUUUCUCCAACCAUUUUAGUUUUUAAUAGAAUAAUCCCAUAUUGGCACUGCCCACAAAAAAAAACAAAAAACCUUAAAGAGCAUUUUAAAUUAAGUUAUCACUUACCUUAAUCCUGCUCGGUGCAACUCUGUCUGACAUCACAAGAGCCACGUCUAAAUCCAAUCAAAGGUUUCCUUGAGCCAACAAGGGGAAGGAGGGAAAGGAGAAAGGGGGGUGGGCAGUGAAUAAAAAAUGGCGGGACAGAGUUCCAAGUGUGCUGUGGGUGCAACUGGCCCCUGGCACACAUUUGCUCAUACCUAUAGAUGUGCAGUGUUUCAAGCUGAAACACUGCACAUGCAGACUCAUACCAUCAUGAACACUUCAAAAAGCAGAAGUGGUCAUGGUGGUUAGAGUAAAACUUUAAAAAGAUUGCACAAACUAAAAUAGGUACAGGAUAUGACAACCCUAAUUAUAAUGCUCUGAUACGCAGCCCUUCAGUCUUUCGCUGCUCUUUUUGUACAUGGACUGCAUUGGGCAACCGCUGGAAACAUAUGCACCCCAUCCCAUUAAACAUUUAGUGCUCUUGUUUUACUUCUUUCUUUUAUCUCAGGGGAGGAGCUAUACUCAGGCGUUGCUACUGACCUCAUGGGCCGGGAUUUUACCAUUUUCCGAAGCCUGGGAAGACGACCCUCCCUGCGUACAGAGCAGCAUGACUCUCGCUGGCUGAAUGGUUAGUAUUAACCUUGGUCCCACUCCUUCCAGUACACAGCUGCCACCUAGUGAAGAAUUAAGGAACACUUUAAAAAAAUAAAUAAAAAAAAACCAUUUUAUUUUAUAUUAUAGUAUAUAAUAGUGUUGUAUAGUACAUUUUUUUAUGACGGGUUCAUGUAUGGUUUACACAGUUUUCUAUAGUUUUAGCAAAUUACCAGCAGUUUUAUAGCCUUGAAAAGAACCAGAAGUUUGCAAUUUGGUUUUCAAUCCACCUCAAAGCAAUAUCCGCAAAAUUCAUUAAUUGUCAAAAUAAUCGCUUAAAUGGUUUCAUCAUAUGCAGAACUUAUUGUUAGGCUGAAUGGAGUGACAACUACCAGAUCUUUAACAGUAUAGUAAUCAGAUACAGGGAGUGCAGAAUUAUUAGGCAAGUUGUAUUUUUGAGGAUUAAUUUUAUUAUUGAACAACAACCAUGUUCUCAAUGAACCCAAAAAACUCAUUAAUAUCAAAGCUGAAUAUUUUUGGAAGUAGUUUUUAGUUUGUUUUUAGUUAUAGCUAUGUUAGGGGGAUAUCUGUGUGUGCAGGUGACUAUUACUGUGCAUAAUUAUUAGGCAACUUAACAAAAAACAAAUAUAUACCCAUUUCAAUUAUUUAUUAUUACCAGUGAAACCAAUAUAACAUCUCAAUAUUCACAAAUAUACAUUUCUGACAUUCAAAAACAAAACAAAAACAAAUCAGUGACCAAUAUAGCCACCUUUCUUUGCAAGGACACUCAAAAGCCUGCCAUCCAUGGAUUCUGUCAGUGUUUUGAUCUGUUCACCAUCAACAUUGCGUGCAGCAGCAACCACAGCCUCCCAGACACUGUUCAGAGAGGUGUACUGUUUUCCCUCCUUGUAAAUCUCACAUUUGAUGAUGGACCACAGGUUCUCAAUGGGGUUCAGAUCAGGUGAACAAGGAGGCCAUGUCAUUAGAUUUUCUUCUUUUAUACCCUUUCUUGCCAGCCACGCUGUGGAGUACUUGGACGCGUGUGAUGGAGCUUUGUCCUGCAUGAAAAUCAUGUUUUUCUUGAAGGAUGCAGACUUCUUCCUGUACCACUGCUUGAAGAAGGUGUCUUCCAGGAACUGGCAGUAGGACUGGGAGUUGAGCUUGACUCCAUCCUCAACCCGAAAAGGCCCCACAAGCUCAUCUUUGAUGAUACCAGCCCAAACCAGUACUCCACCUCCACCUUGCUGGCGUCUGAGUCGGACUGGAGCUCUCUGCCCUUUACCAAUCCAGCCACGGGCCCAUCCAUCUGGCCCAUCAAGACUCACUCUCAUUUCAUCAGUCCAUAAAACCUUAGAAAAAUCAGUCUUGAGAUAUUUCUUGGCCCAGUCUUGACGUUUCAGCUUGUGUGUCUUGUUCAGUGGUGGUCGUCUUUCAGCCUUUCUUACCUUGGCCAUGUCUCUGAGCUUGUUGGGCACUCCAGUGAUGUUGCAGCUCUGAAAUAUGGCCAAACUGGUGGCAAGUGGCAUCGUGGCAGCUGCACGCUUGACUUUUCUCAGUUCAUGGGCAGUUAUUUUGCGCCUUGGUUUUUCCACACGCUUCUUGCGACCCUGUUGACUAUUUUGAAUGAAACGCUUGAUUGUUCGAUGAUCACGCUUCAGAAGCUUUGCAAUUUUAAGAGUGCUGCAUCCCUCUGCAAGAUAUCUCACUAUUUUUGACUUUUCUGAGCCUGUCAAGUCCUUCUUUUGACCCAUUUUGCCAAAUGAAAGGAAGUUGCCUAAUAAUUAAAUAUAGGGUGUUGAUGUCAUUAGACCACACCCCUUCUCAUUACAGAGAUGCACAUCACCUAAUAUGCUUAAUUGGUAGUAGGCUUUCGAGCCCAUACAGCUUGGAGUAAGACAACAUGCAUAAAGAGGAUGAUGUGGUCAAAAUACUCAUUUGCCUAAUAAUUCUGCACUCCCUGUAAUAAGAGCAGAAUAAUUUAUCCGACUUGUACAUUGUUUGAAAGGAUACCAGGGAUAAUUUCAAUUGUACAGGAUGCUGAAAAGAACGUUUGGGGCAUUUUAAUCAGUGCAAUAAAGAGGCUAAUAGCAUAUACAAGGUUUUUCACUAAAGAAAACUAUUAGGAAUUCCAAAUUAAAAAUUUAAGGCCAAAUUAGUUAAACUGGAACAAAUACCCUGGCAACUAUGCUUCCUCAGUUCAGCAACUUUGGCCAUUAGAGUUGAAAUUCCCAGCAAUUCUUAGUUUAGUGAAUUACCCUGUUAGUAUUCAGGGAGAUAGGCUAUGUCUUAUAGAAAAAGUAGGGUGAAUAUUGGGUAGAUGUGGGGUAAAAUCAUGUGGUUUUAUAAACGGAUAGCAAUAGGAAGGUUGCAAACAAAAUUGUAUUGUCAGAGAAGAGUGAUAGAGUGAGAUGGAUAGAACCUGUUCAUUGAUUGUUCGUUACAAGGUACACUGCUUUUUUGUAUCAACAGAGCCUAAAUUUGUGAAAGUUUUCUGGAUACCCGAGAGUGAAAAUCCUGAUGAUGAUAAAAUCUACUUCUUCUUUCGGGAGACACCAGUAGAGGGUCUUGGAGGAAUAAAGCAGUCAUAUGCCCGAAUUGGGCAAAUAUGCAGGGUAACUACAUAUACAGCACCAAGAGUCUAUUGAUCCUAUGCUCACUUUCUCUUGUCUCAAAAGCAUACUGUAAGCAUCAUAAAGAAUAUAGCUCACUUUCCUAGUUUUGUGUCAAAUAAUUUUUUUUAGCAGUUUGACAAAAAAAACAAAAAAAACAGGGCUCUCCAGCACCUUUUCCCUAGAUCCUCUCUUGCAGUUCAGCGAAUAUGUCAUUAUGGGUUAGAAUAAGCCAGAACAACUUUAGAUGGCAAUGUUAGGCUGGGAGUACUGAGCUAACCCAAGCGCAUUACUCCCAGCCUAUCAUUGCCAUUUAAAGCUCUCUUAGCCUAUCAAUGUCGUCAAAUGCUUGUGGACAAGUUCUAAGUUAGCCAAGUCUCAGGCACAGUGGACUAGUCUACAAGUGUUAGGAGAGCUCCAGGCUUUAUCAAACUUUCCAGAAUGAUAUUGCACAAAUUAAGGAUUGGCACUCAUCACCUAUAUACACCAUACCUACUACAAUAGUAGUGUUUAUGGUGCUUUGAGUACCUUUUAACUGUUAAUGCUUUUCCACCCUAACAUUCACAAAACAAAACCCUUUUGACUUCCCUAGAAUGACAUGGGCGGUCAGCGGAGCUUGGUGAACAAGUGGACAACAUUUUUGAAGGCACGACUUGUAUGCAGUGUGCCAGGGAAUGAAGCAGGAGGCGACACAUAUUUUGAUGAGCUGAGUAAGUAUGUUUUGCCCUGUUUUAUGAGAUCCUUCAUUACCAACAUAAGCAACAAGGAAGCUAAGAUAGUUUAUUGCAAAUUGUUAAAGCUGUAAAAAAAAAAAAAUGGGUGAAAGAAAUAAGAGUUAAAUGAACAUAUAACAAGCUAAGGAUGGGAGAGAGGUAACUGUAAGUAAAAACUAAAAACAAGCCUGUGUGUUAUAUAAAUACCCAUAUAUUAUGGCUAUUGUAUAAAAAAAAAUAUGCCGGCUCAAUGAGAAGAAGAACUUAAAGGACCACUAUAGUGCCAGGAAAACAAACUCGUUUUUCUGGCACUAUAGGGUCUUUAAGUUCACCCCACCCUCAUGGUCCAACUCCCGCUGGGCUGAAGGGGUUAAAACACUUACCUUUCUCCAGUGCCGGGCUCCCUCGGCGCUGGGGAACUCUCCUCCUCCAGCUGACGUCAGCGCCAAAUGCUCGCACAUUCAAACCGCCCAUAGGAAAGCAUUUGCUUUCCUAUGGACGUCCAGCAUCUUUUCACUGUGCUUUUCAGUGAGAAGUGCAGAAGCGCCUCUAGUGGUUGUCAGUGACUACUGCUAUGUUUACAACAGGCAGGGUUAACACUAGAGGGACCUGGCACCCAGACCACUUCAUUGAGCUGAAGUGGUCUGGGUGCCUAUAGUGGUCCUUUAAAUGUUUCAUAAUUUUAUUAAGUCAUGGAAAUUUAUGAUAGGAUUUCACAUCUAGGCUACAGCUUUGCAAGAGGUGUGAGUGCAUACAUAGCUCACAUCUCAAAUAUCCAUAUAGAAACUUCAGGUAAAUAUAUAUUUUGACCUAUCCGUUUCCUAUUUUACUGAAGAGAUUAAAUCAGGAGUGUGAGAAAACUCCACACUGGUUUAUGCAAAUGUACUGUUGCGCAUCAUCCACAGAUCUUAAGUAAGACCUGGGAAAAGUUUGCUUUGGGCCUAGUAAUUAAAAAAACAUUAUGUUUCUGCAAUUCUCACAGAACUCCAAGUUCAAUACACAAAUGAGCAUAAGAAGGGAUUGUGUUUGGAGUGCACCCUGUUCAUUCUGCCAGUUACCCCAUUCAUUUCUGAAGUCACCCCUAACAAUGGAGCACUGGAAACUGUAUAUGGUUGAUUUAUGGUCAUUAGUCUUUUUGGAUCACAACCCAUGCUUUGGUUCAAAAAGCUAUGGGUGAUUUACAUGAAACAUAAAUUUGCCAUAAAUCUAUAGAGAACAAUACUACAAUAAAGUGUAUUAAUGCCUACUGUCUUCCUCUAUACAGAGGAUGUAUUUUUGUUGCAGACUAGGGACAGGAGGAAUCCACUCAUAUAUGCGCUGUUCUCCACAUCCAGGUGAGAAGAUUUUUCUGUGAAUGCAUGCCUUUAAUUGAGAUUCCAAUUAGCUGUAAGCAAGGCCACCAUCAGAAUUUGAAAGCCUAUACUGUGUGUCAGGGGCCUGAUCGAGCCCAGGGCUCCUCUUGGGAAUUCUUUUAUGCUAUGUAGUCUGGCUGGAGAGAUAGAAGUAUCCUUUCCAAACAAGACGAAGUUUAAAAGCCACGACAGACUAAAUCCCUGACUGGAACAACGUGGCCUCAUGUAGCAUCACUGGGACCAGGAGAAAGUGAUUACAGAUCACUUCCUCCUGACACACACACACAGUAUCGUGGAGACGAGAAUGGUACUAGUGAUCUGCAGCUGCCUGCUUCCACCUGAUCCCAGGGCAGCCAACCUUCUGCACACCAAGUAUGGAAACAAGAGGGUAGCUAAAAUAUGCCACAACUGUUGUGUGUGUUUGUAUGUGCAUCUUUGUAAGUGUGGCAAUGUAUGUCUGAGAAUAAGUGUGUGUCUUGAUGUGCAUCUGUGAGUGUGUAUCAGUAUGUCAGAGGUUUUAUGUUGGAAACUUAUUCUGGAGGCACCUACAAAAUGGUUUUGUAAGGGACAAUUUCUGAUGGCAGAGCUGAAUGUAAAGCACAUUUUGUCUGCAAAACAAGAGAUGAGCACUGUAUCUGUAUUACAGGAAUAAGUAGAGUCGGUAUAUCAGAGUAGGAUGUUCACAAUGCAUGGUAUAAACAGGAUGGUUUAUGAGCAGUGCAUUUGUGUGACAGGAACAGGGUGUAAGAUCUGUGUGAUGCAGCAAGGUAAACGUCUAAAUAAUAGCAGCAGGGAGCAAUGUCUGUAUUAUUGGAGCUGGGCAAAAUGUCUGUGUGAUGGGAGCAGGGAGUAAUGUCUAAUUGAUAAGAGAAUAGAGUAAUGUCUUUAUGAUCUGAGCAAGGAGUAACAUCUUCCUGAUAAGAGAAGGGUGUAAUGUCUCUAUUUUAGGUGACGGGCAAAGAGUUUGUGUGUUAGGUGAAGGGCGUAUUGUCUGCGUGAUAUGAGCAUAUUGAUGUGUCUAUGACUGGUGAAGUAAGCUAUUCUCUCUCUGUGUUAGGAAGAAGUAGUUGGUUUUCUUUAUGCAUGUUUUGCACAUGUCCUUGCUCAAAACUGGAGAAUUGAGGGGAGCGGGGGGGGGGGAGGAGGAGGAAUUAUGUUAUGUCUGAAAAAAGGAGAAUUUAUAUCAAGUUCUUUUCCCAUAAGAUACAGUAAAUUUAACACAUUUCUAUUUAUAAUUUGUAUUAAUAGUUUAUAAUCAUUAAGAUAAAAGGCAUCAAAUAAAACUUUUUUUUUUUUUUUUAAAUAGCAGAAUGUUGGAAUGGAAAUAAUGCUUUCCUGCUCUCGUUUUAGUAUCUAAUAUUUGGUUAUUACUGGACAGACCAUUGUUGAUAACUCAUUUAAUAUUGACAGAUAUUUAGGAACGUUAAACAUUGAACAUGAAAAGCCUCCAUACAUUGUGACAAGUAUUAGGCCAGAUACUAUCAAGGUUAUUCACUUAACUGGGAAAUGACACAAGAAUUGUAAAUGUAAAAUAAACACUAUAGUUACCUAAACAACUUUAGCUUAAUGAAGCAGUUUUAGUGUAUAGAUCAUGCCUCUCAGGUUUUUCUCUCUUUGUUUCUAUUUAUGCAGCCCUUGUCACACCUCCCCUGGCUCUGACUGACACAGCCUGCAUGAAAAGAAAACUGGUUUCACUUUCAAUCAGAUGUAAUUUAACUUAAAGGACCACUAUAGGCACCCAGACCACUUCAGCUUAAUGAAGUGGUCUGGGUGCCUCAUCCAGCUAGGGUUAACCCUUUUUUUUUUAUAAACAUAGCAGUUUCAGAGAAACUGCUAUGUUUACACUGAGGGUUAAUCCAGCCUCUAGUGGCUGUCUCAUUGACAGCCGCUAGAGGCGCUUGUGUGCUUCUCACUGUGAAAAUAACAGUGAGAAGACACCAGCGUCCAUGGGAAAGCAUUGUAAAUGCUUUCCUAUGAACUGGCUGAAUGCGCGUGCGGCUCCUGCCGCGCAUGCUCAUUCAGCCGAUGAUGUCGCUAGGGAGGAGGAGGAAAGCUCCCUGCCCAGCACUGGAGAAAGGUAAGAUUUUAACCCAUUCCUUUCCCCAGAGCCCGGCGGGAGGGGAACCCUGAGGGUGGGGGCACUCUCAGGACACUAUAGUGUCAGGAAAACGAGUGUUUUCCUGGCACUAUAGUGGUCCUUUAAACAAUUGUAUCUCUUUCUUUGUAAAUUAAACUUUAAUCACAUACAGGAGGCUCUUUCAGGGUCUAGCAAGCUAUUAACAUAGCAGGGGAUAAGAAAAUCUAAAUUAAACAGAACUUGCAAUAAAGGAAGGAUAAACUUUAGAUGACUCUUUACAGGAAGUGUUUAGGAAGGCUGUGCAAGUCACAUGCAGGAAGGUGUGACUAGAGUUCAUAAACAAAGUGAUUUAACUCCUAAAUGGCAGAGAACUGAGCAGUGAGACUGCAGGGACAUGAUCUAUACACCAAAACUGCUUCAUUAAGCUAAAGUUGUUUUGGUGACUAUAGUGUCCCUUUAAGGCAAAUUCUUCAACUAAUUUCUUUUACCAGGGCAAAUUGUCUGUGAUAUAGGAGCAGGGAGUAAUUAAUGUCUGCAAGUUAGGAGCAAGAAGUAAUAUCUGAGAUAGGAGUAGGGAGUAGGAGUAGGGAGUAAUGGCUGCACAAUAGGAGUAGGUAUUUUGGGCUAAAGUCUGCAAUUGCAUGAUCAAUUCAUGUAAGACCAUGUAUGUCAUUUAAAGUUCAACAUUAUGCAGACUUAAGUAUUAUGCAUGUUGUGAAAUAGAAUGAACCCAGUUUACCACUUUGAGUGGUAGAUUACAAUGGUUUUAUUUGGUUACAUGGAAUGUGUAGGAACAUUGUAUAUUAAUAGAAGUAAUUUUGAUUAGGAGAGUUGUUAUGCCUGUAUCAAGUGCAUUGUAUAUAUUUUUUCAGCUCUGUGUUCCGAGGCUCAGCAGUCUGUGUCUACACAAUGAAUGAUGUACGAAGAUCAUUCUUGGGACCUUUUGCACACAAGGAGGGACCCGGCUACCAGUGGGUGUCUUACUCAGGACGAGUCCCCUAUCCUCGUCCUGGGAUGGUAAGUGAUUACAGGGAACCAACUAGGUGGACCGAGUGAUGAAUAAGAUAUAAAAUGAAGACUUGGAAGUAGCACUGAAAAUAGAGGAUGGGUAGAACUGGGUAGAAGUAAAAACAGUGUAGCUUAGAAAAGUCUUAAAACAAAUCACUAGUAGCUCCAGUAGCUAAUUAAAUAAUACCUGACCUCAGGUUAUUGGUGAUAAUUAGCUUGAGAAUUACGGUUUGUAUUUUUUAUUUAAAAAUAUUAAUGAUCCCCCAAAACUUAUUCGUUUGCCACUGCUCAAAAACUAGUGUAUUGUGUUUUGCAGAGAGUUAGGGUUGUUUUUGGCACAGGAAAACACUGCUGUCCCUGAGCUCAGCUUCCUGGAGUCAUGUCAAAGCAUACCUACAUCCAGUAAGAUCUCCCAGAUGAGUUAAUUUAUGAGUUCUUAGCAGUUGGUUACAAUGUGAGAUAUUGUUUUUAAUUCAGUCUCAAAUUAUGUAAUUGCUAACCUUGGUGUGGCAGCUGUUAUGGACAAAUGGUUUGCUGGGCAUUGUGCCAUACACACGCCAACUGUAGCUGCAAGAUUUUAGGGAUGUGUUAUAAUCAAAAACAAUAAAACUAGGAAAAAACUGUUUGGAUUUUUUUUUAAUUUAUUACUUUAUUUCUUUAAGUUAGAACCAUUCUCUUAUAAUUAAGUGGGAGAUCAGAAAUCAGGAGGGACAAGAAAUUCGCUCAAAAAUUUAAAUUUUUUUGUACUUACUUGCAGUGCCCUAGUAAGACAUACGGCAAUUUUGAAUCAACCAGGAAUUUCCCAGAUGAUGUCCUCCAGUUUGCUCGAAAUCACCCUCUGAUGCACUCUCCAGUGGUUCCUGGGUCGGGACGGCCUGUCUUUUUGCGCAGCCAUAGUGAUGUCGCUUUCACUAAACUCACAGUCGAUAGAGUAACAGCUACAGAUGGAGAGUACGACGUUAUGUUCAUGGGAACUGGUGAGCAAGAUCUGAGAGUUCAUAGCAAGAAAAUAAAUAAGGAAAGUAUGGGAAAAAGCAGGAGAUAUGUCAGAGGGAUUGAACAAGAUGGCAAAAGGCUGGAUUAUAGUAUCAACAUAAAGAACCUGCAGUCAAAUGGUCUCAUUCAACCUGUACAAACUUUAUAGUCUUUGAAAAUAUAUAUCACGUCCAAAAUACAAAGAAUAGUGCUGUCAUGAAGAUUCCAAGCAACAUACAUUUUUACAUUUAUAAAGGCAAAUUAUUUAUGUUCAGGUGAUUGCAGCCCCCUGGUUUCAUAUAUAUAUAUAUAUAUUAUAGAUACACACACAGUAUCUCACAAAAGUGAGUACACCCCUCACAUUUUUCAGAAUAUUUUAUUAUAUCACUCACCUUUGUUGCCAACGGUUUAGACAUUAAUGGCUGUGUGUUGAGUUAUUUUGAGGGGACAGAACAUUUACACUGUUAUACAACCUGUAAACAUACUACUUUACAUUGUAGUAGAGUGUCAUUUCUUCAGUGUUGUCACAUGAAAAGGUAUACUAAAAUAUUUACAAAAAUGUGAGGGGUGUACUCACUUUUGUUAGAUACUGUGUAUGUAUAUUUUAUUUAUAUAUAUAUAUAUAUAUAUAUUUUUUUUUAUAUAUAUAUAUAUAUAUAUAUAUAUAUAUAUAUAUAUAUAUAUAUAAUGGACUGUGUGGCAAUUCUGGAUAGGGCAUUAAGGAGGCUGCAACUAAACAUGCGGUGAGGAAGUCUUGGAUAUUUUUCAUAUAACUCUUAUGAAGGAGCAGGCACUAUUACUUAAAUAGCCAGAGUGGUCUGUAGAUGCUUUAUGAGGACCAGGGCUGUAAACGGUGUCUGAGUGAAGAAUUGUGGGGAAUGUUCUAUUUUACCCAGCUUAAAAGAACCACAACACUAACGACCACUGUCCGGGAUCUGUUAGAUUAAAAAACAAAUCUUAUUUCCUGAAAAACUAGUCAUUCGUGUGUACCUCCACUGGCAAGUAUAGAAAGUGAAUAGGAGUUUUGGUAUUGUUGAUGGACACAACAUUUGACUUUUUAAAUUCCCAUAUUUUGGGGGUUUGAAAUAAUGGUUGGCCAUUUGUUGAAACAGUGUUGCAUUAUACUAGUUGACUAUACCAAUUGGCUCACAUUAACCAUGUAUGGAGAGAUUGCAAUUUACUGCCUGUUGGUGACAGCUUUCCAGACCAGAUGUUACACAACUGUGUCCUUUUUAUCCGUCUCCCUAGAUAAGGGAUCUGUGCUGAAAGUUAUCUCCGUUCCCAAACAGAGUUGGAACCACGUUGAGGUAGUGGUCCUGGAAGAGCUGCAAGUCUUCAAGGUACUAAAGUAAUCUAAUCACAUAAGGGAGUCAAUGGCAUAAGGCCCUAGUUGAUGCUGGGUUAGAACCUCUAUGAGCGGGGAGGAGGAUUCUCUACUCUCCUCCUAUAAGUAUGCCUAAUUAUAUUUCCCUUUGUCUAACAAAAUUAUCACAUUUUGUAAAGCCCUUUAAAUAGGGCGGGGGCUAUAUAAGAACUGUUCAAUAAAUAGAAGAUAAUUGUUAUUCAACACUAAUAACCUAUGGGGUUAUAGUAAUAUUUGUCCUAAAACGUGAAGGCGUUUGAAAAGUAACCAAGAUUCUUUUUUUUAAAAAUGUAUUUACCUACUUUUUAUUUUAUCUUCUCUUUGUACUUCAAUUUCUUAUCCCCCCCACCAUUUCCCCAUGCAGGACUUGUCUCCUAUAACCAGCAUGCAGAUUUCAUCAAAGAGGGUAAGUAAAAACAUCAUAUAUACUAUUUUCAUAUUUGGUUUCAUUUUUCUUUUUUUGUGGAUCACCCCAGGCCUCUGCUUUCCCAAGCAGCAGAACUAUUAAAAAGAAAACGUAAAGGACCACUAUAGUCACCCAGACCACUUCAGCUCAAUGAAGUGGUCUGGGUGCCAGGUCCCCCAGGUUUUAAACCUUCAAAUGUAAACAUAGCAGUUUCAGAUAAAUUGCUAUGUUUACAUUGCAGGGUUAAUCCAGCCUCUAGUGGCUGUCUUCCUGACAGCCGCUAGAGGCGCUUCUGAGACAGUGAAUGCGAAAAGCACAUUCAGCGUGCAGAACGUCCAUAGCAAAGCUUUGAGAAAUGCUUUCCUGCGGGCUUUUUUAAUGCACAUUCCUGUCCACUCGGGAGCUGACCUUGGCGGGGGAGGAGAGGUCACCAGCGCCGAAGGAGCCAGGCGCUGGAUUAAAGUAAGUAGCUGAAGGGGUUCUAACCCCUUCAUCCCAGCGGGGGGGAGGAGGCCCUGAGGGUUAUAUAGUGUUUUCCUGACACUAUAUAGUAGUGAUCCUUUAAACCAAUUGGGUUUAGUAUCAUUCUAUGGCCAUAAAACAAAUUAAUCUGUCAACAAGGCAAAUAUCUAUGUUGUGUAUUUAAAACCCUAUGCAUUACUUAGUUUGCACCUAUUCCUGGAACAAUGUUGAAAACCUACUAUUUAGCUUAGCCUGUUUAUAUCUCAUAACUGAGUACAGUACUCCUUGUUGCCACCCAGAGGUGAUGGGAGUUGAACACUGGUCUAAUUUGUGUUUUUAUUUCCUUAGCAACAAUUAUAUGUUGGUUCUGAGAGUGGUAUCUCCCAGGUGCCUUUGCACCGCUGUGCUAUGUAUGGUAAAGCCUGCGCAGAAUGCUGUCUGGCAAGGGAUCCUUACUGCGCAUGGGAUGGAGUCAGCUGUACCCGCUAUCUGCCAAACACAAAGAGGUAAACAGCCAAUUAUUUACAGCCCACACAGGGAAACGUUAUGCUGUAUAAUGAAAUUACAAUCUGCUUUACACUCUUUUCUACAUUCUUCUACUAAAUCACUUUGUCCCCUUCACCUUUUUUAUUCUAAUACUUUUUUCUGCUUACUGAUUUCAGGAGAUCUCGGCGCCAGGAUGUCAGGAAUGGGGAUCCUAACACCCUAUGUUCAGGAGGUGAGUUCUGGGCCUUCACAUGAAAAAAAAUAUUCUAAAAAUUACCAUGGUGCAGGAUAGACUAUCCAAAAGGUACUACUACCCAACUGUACAUGAAGGUGCAAAAGGGGACCCUUAACAAGUUAGCAUAAAAUCCAAAGAAAAAUGCCCAGCAUAAAGCAAUGGGCGAAAUGAACUCCAGAUUUAUUGAGGUCCUCAUACUAAAUUGAACAAUAUUUUCAACCAAUAGAUAGGUCUUUCUCAAGUUCAACAUUUCACUUACUGCUUUGUUGUGGAUCGUUUUCUUUGGAUAUUGUGCACAAAAUACUCAAUAUGUAGAGUCAAAAACUCCCCAAGCAGCCUUGAAAAAAUAAAAACAUAUUGUAUUUCAUGUUUACAUUGAUUUUUAUGUAUUUUAUGCCAUUUCAUGGUUCCUUCAGUAGCAUCAUUGUUAAAUAAUUAAUGUUCCAAUUUGUGCUUCUAAUUUCUGAUUUCAGUCACAAGUGCCCUAUAACAUCUAUCCCUUCCUGCUCUUAAAAUUCAUAGUCGAGUCUCAUGUCACAGUUAGGACUUUGUAUAGUCUAAGUAUUGCAGACUAACAGAUCAUCUCCCUCGAAUAAAUCCAGGUUAGGACCCAAUGGUCAGGGUAAUCUGAUGCACAUUUUGGGUUCAACAUAAUGUGACAGUAUGUUUAUGUUAUUCGUGUAACUUGGGUAUUUUUAAGUAGCCUUACAAUAGAAAAAGAGAAUAUGUGUAUGCUGUUAUUUAUUAUGUUAUUUUAUAGAUUCUCUCUGUUUCAGUAGCAACCCAAUGAAAUAAUACAUGUUUUAGGUUCUGUGUUCCUUUUUUCCCCAUGUAUAGAGAGGGUUGUUAAGAUCAAUAGACAUGAAUUUUAUUCAAACCAUUAGAUCAAAGCUUGAGACAGCCAUCUUCACUAGUCUCCCUGGAUAUAUAAUUAAGUAUGUUCACUGUCGAACUGUAGCUAACAAGUGAUUUAUAUAAAAUGUGUGCAGCUUGAGCCUGAGUUCACUAUAUGCCCUGAAGCUUAGAGAUUUCCCAAAUUCCUGAGUUUCAUUCAAGAUGGGUCUUCACUGGCCUCAACACAGAUUCUUUUUAGAACAGUUUUUUUUGUACAACAUUCAAGAUCAGCAACUGGGGAAGUGUUCUUUUUAUGGACCUUGCAAGGGUUCAAAAAAAGAAUGAGUAGCCAAGGUGAUCAUUAUUUGAGUCUGACUAGGGUAUCUUUCAUGACAAGGGUUUAGGUAAGUUGCUUAAUAGCAUGGAUAUCCUGCCAGUCAACUAAAAAAGUUCAUCUUUUUUUUUUUUUUUAAACAUUCUUUAUUUGUUGUUUUUCAGUGUGGAAAAAAGUAAACAUUAGGGUACAGAAUUGAAGGAGGUUGGGGGUGGUACAGCCAAAAUAGUACAGGUGCACAGUAAUUUCCACACAUGUGUCUUUGUGUCUCAAGGCGUUGUGAAGGAGUUACUGUGUCGUGGUGUGGUCUGUUGGUUUGGCGUUUGUCGUGCAGUAGUGUGGGGUUCAGGGAACUCUGUCUUGGUCUCUUUCCCUUUGCACGGUUCGUUUGGUCGAACCUGUGUUGGUGGCCGUUUGAGGUUUGCGAUUUGUCUCGGUAACGGUUUUUGUGGUAGGGUGAGUUGCCCUCUUUCUGACUGUUUUUAUUGUCCUCGUUGCGUAUUGAUGGGCGCCCAUGGGUCUGGGUGGUCGGUUGGGGGGGGGGUUGAGGACCUAUGUACAAGGGUGGGGGUACCAUGGCGGGAUUCAGUUUCGGGUGACUGGUGGUCAUCCAGUAGUUCGGGUUGGGGUAGUGUUUCGUACUUUGAGUAUCAGUGCGUUGGUAUUUUGAUUGCUAUGUUAGAAUAGCGGGCCUAUUUGGUGAGAUGGAGGCUGUCUGUGUGCCCUUAUUGUAGGUGGGGUUCAGAUAGCCAGGGGUCCCAGAUUCUGUGGAAGUGCUUGGAGGUCUCAUGAAUAAUGGCUGAUAUCCUAUCCAUGUGUAUUGCUUCCCUGGUUUUGCGUAUGAUUGUUUGUAGUUCCCCAUACUUCGGCUAUUGCCCGUCUAGUCGCUAGGGCUAUCCUGUUUGUCAUUUUGUUUUGGGCUCUGGUCAGGUCCUCUCGUGGUCUGGAGAGGAGCCAAGUCCAGGGGUCUAAUGGUAUGGUGGUCUGGAGGAGUGUUGAGACUAGGGUAGCCACUUCUGCCCACAGUGGGGCCAAUUUAGGGCAAUGCCACCAUGUGUGUAUGUAUGUGCCCCUCUGCCCACAGUUUUUCCAGCAUAGGUCCGCGUCUGCCUUGCCCAUGUGGUACAACCGUACCGGGGUUAGGUACCAUCGGAGCAGUGUUUUGUACGCUUGCUCCUUAUGGUUAACGCAUAUGGAUAUGGAGGCUGUUGCCUCCCAGAUAUCUUGCCAAUCGGUGGGGUCGCCCGGGGGCCCCAGGUCCCUCUCCCAAGCCGCCACAUAUGCCAAUGCCCCCUUGGGUUGGUUGGUGAUAAGGAGUGUGUAAUUUUCCGUAAUUUGACCUUUGUGAAGUGGGUUGUGUAGGCAUGUCCUCUCAAACCGUGUGAAUGUGGUGGUGGCUGCUUUGGCGUUGUCGGGUUGCUCUAGGAAGCUUCGCAGUUGUAUGUAGCGAAAGAAGUCGUGGGUGGUAUACAGGGAGUGCAGAAUUAUUAGGCAAGUUGUAUUUUUGAGGAUUAAUUUUAUUAUUGAACAACAACCAUGUUCUCAAUGAACCCAAAAAACUCAUUAAUAUCAAAGCUGAAUAUUUUUGGAAGUAGUUUUUAGUUUGUUUUUAGUUAUAGCUAUGUUAGGGGGAUAUCUGUGUGUGCAGGUGACUAUUACUGUGCAUAAUUAUUAGGCAACUUAACAAAAAACAAAUAUAUACCCAUUUCAAUUAUUUAUUAUUACCAGUGAAACCAAUAUAACAUCUCAACAUUCACAAAUAUACAUUUCUGACAUUCAAAAACAAAACAAAAACAAAUCAGUGACCAAUAUAGCCACCUUUCUUUGCAAGGACACUCAAAAGCCUGCCAUCCAUGGAUUCUGUCAGUGUUUUGAUCUGUUCACCAUCAACAUUGCGUGCAGCAGCAACCACAGCCUCCCAGACACUGUUCAGAGAGGUGUACUGUUUUCCCUCCUUGUAAAUCUCACAUUUGAUGAUGGACCACAGGUUCUCAAUGGGGUUCAGAUCAGGUGAACAAGGAGGCCAUGUCAUUAGAUUUUCUUCUUUUAUACCCUUUCUUGCCAGCCACGCUGUGGAGUACUUGGACGCGUGUGAUGGAGCAUUGUCCUGCAUGAAAAUCAUGUUUUUCUUGAAGGAUGCAGACUUCUUCCUGUACCACUGCUUGAAGAAGGUGUCUUCCAGGAACUGGCAGUAGGACUGGGAGUUGAGCUUGACUCCAUCCUCAACCCGAAAAGGCCCCACAAGCUCAUCUUUGAUGAUACCAGCCCAAACCAGUACUCCACCUCCACCUUGCUGGCGUCUGAGUCGGACUGGAGCUCUCUGCCCUUUACCAAUCCAGCCACGGGCCCAUCCAUCUGGCCCAUCAAGACUCACUCUCAUUUCAUCAGUCCAUAAAACCUUAGAAAAAUCAGUCUUGAGAUAUUUCUUGGCCCAGUCUUGACGUUUCAGCUUGUGUGUCUUGUUCAGUGGUGGUCGUCUUUCAGCCUUUCUUACCUUGGCCAUGUCUCUGAGUAUUGCACACCUUGUGCUUUUGGGCACUCCAGUGAUGUUGCAGCUCUGAAAUAUGGCCAAACUGGUGGCAAGUGGCAUCGUGGCAGCUGCACGCUUGACUUUUCUCAGUUCAUGGGCAGUUAUUUUGCGCCUUGGUUUUUCCACACGCUUCUUGCGACCCUGUUGACUAUUUUGAAUGAAACGCUUGAUUGUUCGAUGAUCACGCUUCAGAAGCUUUGCAAUUUUAAGAGUGCUGCAUCCCUCUGCAAGAUAUCUCACUAUUUUUGACUUUUCUGAGCCUGUCAAGUCCUUCUUUUGACCCAUUUUGCCAAAGGAAAGGAAGUUGCCUAAUAAUUAUGCACACCUGAUAUAGGGUGUUGAUGUCAUUAGACCACACCCCUUCUCAUUACAGAGAUGCACAUCACCUAAUAUGCUUAAUUGGUAGUAGGCUUUCGAGCCUAUACAGCUUGGAGUAAGACAACAUGCAUACAGAGGAUGAUGUGGUCAAAAUACUCAUUUGCCUAAUAAUUCUGCACUCCCUGUAUGUUGCCUGCGUGUUAGGAAGGUCAUUGUAUGGGGUUAUUCGAGUUCCCGUGUAGAAGUGGUGCAGUCUGGACAGGUCGUUUUGUUCAUAGUGUGCAAAGUCUUUGGGUGUUAACCCUGGGGGGAAUGCUCUGUUGCGUAGUAUUGGCGUCAGUGGUGUCAGGUUGUUUAUGAUGGGGAAUUUCCUGGUAGUUUUGUCCCACAUGUCUAUUGAGUUGGUGAUUGAUGGGGGCAGUGGUGGUGGUAGGGGGCGUGAUUUCUUUGGUACCCAUAUGUAGAGGGAUGGAAGGUCGCGUCCAAAUAGGUCAUGUUCUAAGUCCGCCCAUCGUUUGAUCCCCUGUGGGGUGUGCCAGUUUUGGAUCUGUGUGAGUUGUGCGGCGUAGUAGUAGUUUUGGAAGUGGGGUAGUCCCAGUCCUCCCAUCCUAUUGGGGAUGUACAUGGUGCUCCUUUUAAUUCUGGGUCUUUUUUUAGCCCAGAUAAAGUUAUCAAUUAAUUUUUGGACAUAUUUUGCGUCCGUUGUGGGGAGUGGGAAGGGGAGGGUUUGGAAUAAGUAGAGGAAGCGGGGUAGGAGGUUCAUUUUUACUGAUGCUAUGCGGCCUAGCCAUGAUAGUGAUAGGUCUUGCCAUCUUUUGAGAUCGUCUGUUGCUUUCUGUAUCAUUGGGGUGUAGUUCAGGGCGUAUGUGCGGUGUAGUGCUGCUGGUAGCUGUUUUCCUAGGUAUGGGAUGUGGGAUGUGUUGUAGCGAAACCUAUAUGUUUCUUGUAGUGUCUCCUUCGUGUCUUGGUCGAUAUUUAUGCUAAGUGCCUCUGUCUUGUCCAGGUUUAGUUUAUAUCCUGAGGCUGCUGAGUAUUCUUUCACCAAUUGUAGGAGUGGUGGGAGGGAGGUGAGGGGUUCAGUUAGUGUUAGGAGCAGGUCAUCGGCGUACGCAGCCACCUUGUAGGUUUGGGAGCGUACUGUAAUGCCCGUGAUGGUGGCGGUGGUGCGUAUGAGGUGUAGUAGUGGUUCCAAUGAGAGGGCGAAAAGGAUCGGGGACAGUGGACAGCCCUGUCUCGUUCCGUUGCGUAUAGGGAAGUGGGGGGGUUGCGCGUUUGGGAUGAGUAAUUUUGCUUUUGGAAUAGAGUAGAUCGUUUUGAGGGCUGUCGUGAAUGGUGUAGGAAAUUGGAGUUUCUCUAAGGUGGCGAAGAGGAAGGGCCAUAGUAGUCUGUCAAAUGCCAUCUCGGCGUCAAGGGAUAGUAGGAGGGUGGGGAUGUUACGGUGAUUGGCUACCCAUAUGAGGUCUAAGGUCCGUCUGGUGUUGUCACUUGCUUGUCUUGCUGGGACGAAUCCGACUUGGUCGGCGUGGAUUGUCGAUGGGAUGUAGGGGAGCAGUCUGUUGGCGAGGAUUUUGGUGAAGAUUUUAAUGUCUACGUUUAGUAGGGAGAUGGGUCUGUAGUGACCUGGUUCCGUGUGCGGUUUGCCGGGUUUGGGUAGUAGGCAAAUGUUUGCCUCCAGCAUGUCCUCGGGCAUCUGGUCUCCAGUCAUGAGCGAGUUAUAUAGCUUUGUCAUGUAGGAUAGCAGGUUGUCUGUGAAUGUUUUGUAGUAGGUGCCCGAGUAUCCGUCCGGGCCUGGGCUUUUGUUGGGUUUCGUGGUGCCUAUUACUCUCCUAACCUCCUCCUCUGUGAUUUCUGUCGAGAGGUAUGUUUGGGCCUCCGUCGUGAGUGUCGGUUAGUGGGCCUUUGUUAGGAGGGUUUGUAUAUUGUCGUGUAGGGGGCCGUCGUCUUGGCGGUGUUGAGGGGAGUGGUCGUAUAGGUCAGUGAAAUACUUCUGGAAGGUCUCGGCGAUUUUGCUGGGGAUGUCGGUUGGUUGGCCUGUGGGGGUAUGGAUGGUGGUAAUUUGCUUGGCUUGCUGGCGUUUGCGUAGCCUUCGGGCCAGUAGUGUGUCUGCUUUGUUUGAUUUCUCAUAGAACAUUUGUUUUGUCCAUUGUAAAGCUUUAGUGGCGUCUUUCGCCAUGGCCUGUUUGAGGGCCUGGCACUGGUGGUGCAGUUGCGUUGUGAGGUCUUGUGUGGGGGUUAGUUUGUGUUGUGCUUCGAGUUGUCUGAUCUGGUCCAAUAGGGAUGUUAUGUGGGCUAUGUGUUUCUUUUUAUGUGCCGUGGCUAUGCUGAUCAGGGAUCCUCUGAGCACUGUUUUGUGGGCUGCCCAAAGUACCGCGUGUGAUUGCACCGAGUCUUUGUUGGUGUCGAAGUAUUGGGUGAGUUCUGUCUUCAGUUGGGCAAUUAUUUGGGGGUCGUGGAGUAGUAUGGGGUUGAGCCUCCAGGUCCAAGGUCUUGAGAUUUGUGGUGGUUGGAGUUGUAGUGUGAUGUCUGCGUGGUCUGACCAAGUGAUGUUGCCUAUGGCGGAGUUUGUGACGUGGGGGAUUAGGGAUGGUGAGAUGAGAAAGAGGUCAAUGCGGGAGUAGGUGUGGUGGGGGUGCGAGUAGAACGUGUAGUCGCGGUCUGUUGGGUGUUGAGAUCUCCAUAUGUCUAUGAGGCCCGUUUGGGUUAUAAAGUCGGCCAACAAUUUGUCCGAUCUGGAGGGAUGGGUGGGUUGCUGGGUGUGGGGGGAGUAUCGUUGUCUGUCUAUGGAUGGGGAGAUUGUGGCGUUGAAGUCCCCCCCUAUUAUUCUUUGGUGGCUAGGAUGUUGGCUGAGGUGAGCUUGUAUUGUCUGCCAAAAUUGUGGGUCUGGAAUCGUCGGUGCAUAUAUGGAGGUCAGAGCUAUUUUUGUGGGCCCGAUUGUGCCUGUUGCUGUUAUGUAUCGCCCUUGUGGGUCUUUGUGGACGUCUUUAAGGUGUAUGGGGCAGUUUUUUUCCAAUAAGAUUGCCACCCCAUUAUGUUUGCCUGUGUUUGAGUUGGCGAGGUGGCAGGUUUGGUAGUGACGGCUUAGGAGAGGGAACGGGCGUGAGUGAGCGUAGUGUGUUUCUUGGAGAAAGACCACGUCUGCCCCUGACCUGUUGGCCCAGCGCAUGACCUGGUGGCGUUUCGAGGGGUGGUUGAGCCCUUUGCAGUUAAUGGAUAUGCAUGUUACCUUAGCUGGCAUUGUGGUGUGAGGGGUACUGCGGUGUCGAUUGUGCCUUGGUCCUGCCCCUUGUGUUGUGGGUGGAGGCUUGGGGUUUUUGCGUCAGGUAUCUUCCCGAUUUGGAUGUGGUUCUAAGGUCUUGUGUCCCGCCAUGGUACUCUUCGGGGGUGAACUGUGGGUACAAAGAAAAAAAACAGUGAACAUAUUUACAACUUCCUGGACUUAUUGUCUGUGCCAGGUUCGAGUCUAACGGCGUGUUGGGUAUGUCCCUUAUUUGGGACCCCGGUGCCCUGGUGUUAACUUGGGGCGUGGUGGGGGUAAGUCCUGAGAUGCAUCCCGAUCCAGGUGUGUGAGAAUUUCCACUGGGCAAUUGUAAGUUGGGUGUGGUGUUACAGUUGGUUACAAUUCUGUCUGGGAGGAUUGGUGGCUCCCGUGGGUUGGGGCGCCCGUCUGAGGGAGGGGUGUCUGUAUGGUCCCUCGGGCUGGGGUUCCUGAUGUCAAUGUCGGGGUCAGGGCGGUCCCGGUUGUCCUGUGUCCCUGGUGUUUGGUCAUUGGAUGCCCUCCCACCCUUAUUCCCCAAGUUGUUCCAGUGGGGUGGUGUGUGGCUAGUUGUCUGGGGUUCAGGUGGUUCAGUGUGGGUUUUUCCUAUAGUCCCCGCUCGUUCCCGCUUGCUUCCUCCCUCCUCCCGUCUCCCCCUGGUUUUGCCCGCGGAGUUGGCUUGGCGUUCCCCCUGCUCCCCUUCCCCCCGCUGUCUAGUCCCCUUGGUUGUGGGUGUUUUACCCCUUUUCUAAUAUGUGCCGUGCACAAUUGUAUAGCUCUCUUACAGUUAACAUGCAAGUAAACAAAUAGAUAUUAGUGGCACGUAUGACCAGUGUCUCUACGGAUAAAGAAUAUAAAGGAUAUAUUAUGGUUUGUUGAAUAGGUGCAGUCUCUGCUUUUUGUCUUGCUCUUUGUUGAAUCCGUCGUUUCGGAGAGCCUUGUAGGUCUGCUCCUGGGAUGUCUGGGUUCAGAGUCGGUGCGGUGGAGUCAGGUCAUUCUUGUUCCAGUGCCUGGCGUUGCUUUUGGACUGUUCCCCGCAUGGCGGUGUCUUUGCGGUGAUGGUUUUUCCCACAGUGAUUGUAGUGGUGGGGGUCGUCUCCGUGCGGUGGUGGUAGUGGUAUCUGGUCUUGUCGUCGGUAGAUGUAGGCCCAGUUUGGAGGCAAAAGCUUGCUGUUUGUCUCUGCGGACGAGGAGUUUGAAGGGGUGCCCCCACCUGUAGGCGAUACCUGUUUGGGUUAGUGCCAUUGUGAGCGGUUUCAGCUCUCGACGCUUGGCUAGCGUGGUGGGUGCUAGGUCCUGGUAGAAUGCCAGCGUGGCGGCGUCUAGUUUUGGCGGGCUUUUUCUAGUUGCCUCCAUGAGUGCUUCCUUGAUAGAGUAGUAGUGAAGCCUCACUAUCACAUCUCUGGGUGCUGUGUGGUCUUGGCUGGGGGGCUUCAGGGCCCUAUGGGUUCUGUCCAUGGUUAGCUCUUGUGGGGUUUUCUCAGGUAAGAGGGUCAGAAAUAACUCUUGCAGCGUGGAGUGUAGUAUCUCUCCGGUGAUGGUUUCUGGGAGGCCUCUGAUCCUGAUGUUGUUUCUUCUGGAUCUAUUGUUGAGGUCUUCCAGUCCGUUUUCCAGUGUUUCUAUGCGUGAUUGCAGAGUUGAAAUGGUGUCUGCCUGGGCGGUCACUGUGUCCAUAAUGUCGUCCACUCUUUGCUCCACUUGCCCUGUCCGCUCCCCCGGUUCUGUAAUGUCUGUGCUGACUCCGGAGCUGGGGGCUCACUGUGCUCCGAGUCAGAGUUUUCGGCGCCACGUGGGUAAGAUGGCGCCGGGUCUCCUUGCGCUCGGAAGUGUGAGGCGACCGACGGCUGUGAGUCCCGGUUUUUCAGGCUGCCGCCCAUUGCUGUGGGGUACCCGGUGGGUGAGUGGGCUAGUUGGUGGGGAUUGCCGCGCUGCCAGUGCGCUUUGAGUAGCUCUUGUGUGCCUGGGUCUCGGGAGCUAUCGGCUUACGCAGCCAUCUUGGUUCCCGUUCAGGCCAAAAGUUCAUCUUUUUUUAAAAUCUAACAUAUCAGCUUAUGUAAACGUCAAGUAUUUAUUGGUUUGCAUGUAAAUUAACCUUUUGGUAUUGUACAAUGCAGAGCAACAGAGGUUCAGCGUGCAAGAGAAACGUCUUUUUGGGGUUGAAGGAAGCAGUGUUUUCCUUGAGUGCCAACCCAAAUCCCUGAGGGCUCAGGUGACCUGGACACAUCAAAAGGGACCAGACACCCCCAGAAAGGAGGUAAUUAACGUUAAAAUCAGUACAAUAAAUAAAGUAAAGUAUUUAUGAAAUGGGUCAAGAAAAAGACUCCCAUUACACCUUUAUAGUUAUGCCUAUUGAAUUCUUACUAAGCCAGUUAAAAUUAUAGAUGUUUCCCCAGUAGGUGCUCUGAAAUCCAAUAUCUUUGACAAUUCUGUAUUGCAAAACACAGUUGAAAGGAACUGUCAUUAUCACCCAACAAACGAGAUCUUGAGACAUUGAUCUAGGAAUAUGUAUAUAUAUGGAAGAUUAGGUAUUGGUUUGCAAUAGUCUUCACGUAGAUCUGUUUAAUAAAACAUAUAAAUUAUUUCUGCACAAUUCAAUAGUAACACAGCAAGAGGAUCUCUAACUACAAGCUGCUGUCAGUUUGGCUCAUUGCACUAGAUAGCUAGCUAGAUUAGUCUUUAUCUGGGACAGUGCAGGUGCCCUUGAAGGCACAGACUAGCUACAGGGUUACCUGGUGACUGUUCUACCUGAUCUGUGUCAAAUCAGCUAUCUAGUAUUUCAGUAAAGUUUCAGCCUUUCACUUAAUUUCUCUUUUUAGUUAAUCUUUUCUCAAUUUAGUUGACAUGCCCUCUUUUUUUUUGUUGUGACAAUUCUCUAUAGGUUGUCUGUUAUAUUGCAAUAUUUCACCCUCAAGAGAUAUUGGAGACAAGUAUUGUCACUUUAGGCACUGCUUUGAAACCUAUUGGCUAUUUUACAUACACUGUUUUUAGCACAAUGCUAUUACUGAGAUCGUUCAGAUAGCAAAGUGCUACAUGGUAUCUAACUUCUGCUAACACUCCAGAUAGCACCCUGAUGCAUUGUAUACCAUUCUGUAUACUGCUCAUAGUGUGAUCUAUUUUAGUAUAAUAAAGCAGUAAAAAUUAAGUUUUAUUCCUAGCAGCUGCACUUUGACUCACUGAGUGCUGGACUGUAAGGAACGAUUAUUGUGGUAUGCACCCACUGGAAGUGCAGACCACAUGCUCCUUGCCCUGUCCUCUCCCAUCCCCUGUAGUUUACCUGCAGUAUGGCCAACGUCAGAAAAAUAAUCUGCCUUGCUGCACUAGGAAUUGCAUGUCCCAGACGUCGAACGAAAGGAAUGAAUAAUAUCUGUAUAUCAGACCCUUAUUAAAGCUUGAGUCAUCCUAUAUUUGUAAUGUAGAUUAUAAAUCAUGAUGGCUCUCUCUCACUAUCUAUGUUAGACAUACUUCUAGGUUGGAUAGUUACACUCUGCCUUUAAAUUCCUCAGGUGCAGUUUGAUGACAGAGUUAUCCAGAUAGAUCGUGGAAUUCUCCUGCGUAGCGUCUUGCGUAGAGAUGGUGGAACCUUCAUAUGCCACUCUUCAGAGCAUGGAUUCACUCAGACUUUGCUACGUCUCCAUCUAGAGAUCAUCCCCACCUCUCGUGCCGAGGAAUCAUCAGGGACUCAUCGUCACCAUCCGCAUCGCUGGUAUCAAGACUUCAUGCGCCUUGUUCAACAACCAGGCUCUGCAGAACAGAUGUGCGAGGAGCUAUGGAUCCGCAAGGGUCGAGCCUUACACCCACCAGGUCCUCAAGGAUCCCCACAGCUUACAGGCUUACAGGAAUCCAGCAUUCGACCUCUCCCGCCUCUCAGUGUUAAGGCCAAAGCCCAAAAAUGGAAGCACCUAGAGGACAAGAAAAAGGUGCGCAGUCGCCGAACUCACGACGCUCAGAGGGCAGAUCGGGGCCCACGGAGUGCCCCAAGUUAG